UUGAAAAAUAUUUAUUUUGUUAAAAAUAGAUUUGAAAACCUCUUUUAUCGAAUACUUACUUUGUAAAACAUCGUAUUAUAAUUUUAAAUAAAUUUAUAAUGUUUUCAGAUAAUAUUUAUAGCUUGAUAUUUUUAUUUCAAUUUCAAAAAUUGAUUGAAGUCCAUGCAUUAGAGAAUCUUUCUACGCCUAUUGUUUUAUGGCAUGGAAUGGGUGAUAGCUGUUGUAACCCACUAAGUUUGGGAAGGAUUGUAAAAGUUUUGAAAAAAGAAUUAGGGUCAAAUACUUAUGUAAAAUCGUUGAAAAUUGGAAAAUCUAUUGAACAGGACAUUGCAAAUGGAUUUUUUAAAAAUGUUAAUGUUCAAGUAAAAGAUGUUUGUAAUCAAAUUAGUACAGAUCCAUAUUUACAGAAUGGCUAUAAUGCUAUUGGAUUUUCUCAAGGAGCUCAAUUUUUAAGAGCAGUUGCUCAAAGAUGCCCUAAUCCACCAAUGAUUAAUUUAAUUUCUAUUGGUGGUCAACAUCAAGGAGUAUUUGGCAUGCCUAGAUGUCUUUAUCAAAAUCAUAAAUGGUGUGAAUAUGUAAGACAACUUCUAAAUAAAGAUGCUUAUGUUAGUUGGAUUCAAGAUUCAUUUGUUCAAGCAGAAUACUGGCAUGAUCCAAUCAAAGAAAAUGACUAUAUUUCAAGAAGUUAUUUUCUUGCUGAUAUUAAUAAUGAAAGAACAAAUAAUAAAAUUUAUCGAGAUAACUUAUUAAAACUAAAAAAUUUUGUCUUGAUUAUGUUUGCUAAUGAUACCAUGGUAAUACCUAAAGAAAGUUCAUGGUUUGCUUUUUAUUCACCAGGACAAGAUAUUAAAAUUAUGCCUCUGGAACAGUCAACUUUAUAUCUACUGGACCGAAUUGGCCUAAAAGAGUUAGAGGAAACAGGUCGGUUACAUUUUUUGGCAAUUCCUGGAGAUCAUCUAAAAUUUACUGAAGAUUGGUUCAUAAAUUGGUGGUCGGACGGUAGUUGUUAUGCGACGUCGAGGCGAACACUCCGCAGCGGACAGGCAAUGGCUUAUGCGUCGGUAGUUAUUACUAUAUUGCAAUAUACAGGCAGUUCCAAACUGAAAGUCGAACGAGCAAUAGCAUAUACAUCGGUAGUUAUUAUAAUAUAUCUACCGUAUUUAAAUAUAUAUAAUUAAUCCAUCCCCACAAAUAUAUAUAUCCCCACCAAAUCAUAUAAUGUGUAUUAUAAUUUUCUGGAACUUUUUGGAACAUAUUGGAAAUUUUUGGAAGUUUUUGGAAGUCCGUGGCGAACGGUCCGUCCUUUAGGCAGUCCCAAUUUACACCGAACAUUCGGUUUUGUUACCGCCGUGAAAAUAUAAAUCCACAAUACUUACAGAUGUUUUUUUCAUCAUACCAGUAGAGACCAUAAACUAUUUUAAUAGUAAACCAAUAAAACAAAUUAGAUUACAAACGACACAGGCACAUUAUAAUUAAAAAAUUUACUUAAAUAUUCAAAUGAUUUAGAGCAGUGUUUCCCAACCUUUUUACCAGCACGGACCACUUCGGCAAUAUUUUAUAGGUCGCGGACCCCCUCAAUUUUACGAAAACUAGGAAGACCUUUUUUUGCUCAUUAACAAGAAUACACAAAAUUUAUCAAAAAAUGUUAAUUUUUAUUACUUUACUUUACAUUUUAUUACUAUACUUAACUAAUAUAUAAUUAUACUUUACUAUACAAAAUAAUUUACUUAAUGUGAUUGACAUAAUUAUUAUCGGUUGCGAUAAUAAUAUUAUUUAUAAAUCUACCUACACACUUAUGAAAAAUACUAUUAUACAGAACCGUAUAAUAUUAUACGGUUCCUCCAUAAGCCGUAAUUUUUUUUCACUAUUUAAAAAAAAAUAUUAAUUUCUAAUAAAAAUCGAAGAAAAAAUGUAUGGUACCGCGGACCCCCUAUGACUGGCUCGCGAACCCCUGGUGGUCUAAAUUUUAGAGAUAAUACAAGAUAGUUUAGAUUUAAUUAAUAAGAAUAGGAAGAAUAGCCAUCAUGCUACAAUACUGAUAGGAUGUAUGAUAACGUUGAUGAUCUUAAUUUUAUUUUAAAUUCUGAUACUGUAUAUAUAUUUAAAAAUUAAAAAAUAUGUACGACAUAGUAUUAAUUGUAAACCUCAGAGCAACGAAUCACCUAUCUUACAACCCAUAUAUUUUCAAACAGGAGCUGUAGAAAUGCAAAACCCAUUACCCGUCAUUAAGUAAAUUUCAAAAGGGAAAUAAGGCUUUCGUUGAACUUUGGGGGUGUUAUGAACUAUUGCACAAGUCGUGCUGAUACAACACAUAGCUAAUAACUCGACUUGAGCAUAUUCGGGUCAAAUAUUUUAUAUAACAAUUUGUCGUAGUUUCGUCGCCAUACUCUUAAUUGUAUAGAAUAUUGUUACGAUUCUUUUAUAAUUCAUCUAUGUCAAUUACAAUAAACCACUAAUAAAUUAUGUUAAUUAUAUUAAUUAAUUAAUUAAAUUAUGUAAUGAAUUUAUUUCUUUAAUCUUUCUCAAUAAGUUAAAUAAAUUGUAUCGUUAAGAUUAAUAUGUAGUCAGAAAAAUUUGUAAUUACUAUUUAUAGUAAAUUUAUCAGAAAAGCUCAAUAUUUUUUUUGAUUUUUAUCGUAAUAGAUAACUUAAAUAGAAAUAAUAGUUUACCUAAGUUUGUACAAAUACUAUUAAAAAAAUACAUGUAGCGUGUUCUAUAAAUAACACGAUUGCUUCAAUAUAGAGAUAUAAUACAGUAUAUCAGUACAUAUAUAUAUAUAUAUAUUCUAUUAUUGAUGUUAUUUCGAUAAAGCAAUGGGUGUUCCUACAUAAUUCGCAUGCACUCAUUAUUUUUAGAUUUUUAGAUACCAAGUCCUAAUUAAAGGUAUUUUAAUUUAAUCAGUAAACCAGUAGCUGAGGAGGGGGCGCGCGCCCCCCACUGGAUCCGCCACUGUCCUACGGGCAGGUCUAGUAGUAGCACACACUAAUAGAGUAAAAAAAUUAUUAAAUUACAAAAUAAAAUUAUUUAAUUUUGUAGUUGAAACCUAUCAAAACAAAUUAUAAUAUCAAACUUGAUUCGUCAAUAAUUACGAAUUGUAAUCAUUUGACGUAUUAUUAAAAAAAGUAGGUUAAGUGAGAGCAGAAAAAAUAAAUGAUAGUCACAAAAAAAUACCUUCUUAGCUUUGCAUCGAAGCUAAAACCUAAAAUAUAGUAAAAAACCCAGAACGGUAGGGUCGUGGCAUAGUUGGGUCCAGUAUAGAUUUAAUUUGACAGUGAUUAAAAUUACUAUCAUAAAAAAUAUAGUUUAAAAAACUAAAAAAAACACGCUUUUAAAGCACAUCGAACUAAAAAGUUAA